AGGUGUGGUGACGGCAGAGACCCGAAUUAUCAUCUUCGUCAUCAUCGGCGACCUGGACAACCGAACGAUGGCUUCGGCCGUGCCCUCGACACUCCUCGAGGCGCUUUAUACCGACAUUCUACGUGUCCCGCCCACACCAGCGAGAGUGCCAUUCGACAUAUACGCGUUCUUCGCGUACGUGUUACCACCAUGUCUUUUUUACCAAGUCGUCGCUGUCCUAGUCAUUCUCCCUGGCACCCGUAUGCUGCGUAUCGCCCUGUGGCCGCUCAUCGUCUUCCUGGCAGUUCGUGUUGAGAUGUUCGUCGACUUUUCCUGUGGAAAUCCUCAAUGGUCGUUUUUGAAUGUCGGCUGUGUGUUGAUCAUGUUUUGCAUUGUCAUCCGCACACUCGAUUGGGCGCUCGUGAAUGGCCCACUCAAGCGACCCGUCAGACCUGCCCCCUCCUUCCUCGUCGAUGCGAUCGACCUCACGGUCAAUUUUCGCGGCGUUGGCUGGAACUGGUCCAAGGGCAUCCGCUUUCCCCCUGACACGCGCCCUACCUCUCGCCUACACUUCGCAAUAUACGUCUUUCUCUCCGCCCUCUUCCAUAGUUUCACAUGCGGCCGAGGCACAAUCUUUGACGACACACUUCCCCCCCUGAUCCGAUACACCCGAUCCAGUAUCAUAUCCAUCGUCGCUGCUUCCGUUGUCUGUGCGGGCAUGCAAACGCGCUACGACAUCGGUACAUUCAUUGGUGUCGCUGUAUUCCAACAAGACCCCGCACAAUGGCCCCCCCUAUUCGACGCACCGUGGAAAGCGACCUCGCUGCAUGAUUUUUGGGGUUACAGAUGGCAUCAGCUUGUGAGACGAACACUCAUCGUGCUCGGAGGGUGGCCAUUAGGGUUCGCAUUCGGACGGGUCGGAUACGUGGUGGGUUCGUUCCUAGCGUCGGGGGUACUUCACAACGUUGUACUAGCCACGCUCAAUCGUGGCGUUGAAUGGUGGACCAUGCUCCUCUCGUUCGGAAUGAUGGCUCUUGGUAUCAUCAUCGAGCAUACAUUCACGCAGAUGACAGGUAGGAAGGUGGGUGGGUGGAUUGGGAAAGCGUGGACGAUGGCUUGGUUGUUGGUAUGGGGGAGCAUGAUAAUGGACGGGUUUGCAAGAGCAGGUCUGUUUGCCUGUUGGCGCCCAUUUAUUACUGCAGCCCCGGCAAGAUGGAUCGUGGAGCACUAUGUUACAACGUUGGAUAGGUGGCUGAGGGCGUGUGCAUCGUAGUGCGGUC